AUAAAUAGAGAACAACAAAACAUAGCAUUGAUACAUCCAUCAUGGUAAUGCCAUCAAAGACCAUCUUUCUCUUUAUCCAUGUUUGCUUCAUCAAUUUCAUAACCAUUCAAGCAAACAACAACAACAACAACAACAAUUUUCGAUGGUCUUCUUACUCAAACAUCCAUGAAACCACUCCAACCAGUAUCUUUCAAAUAAAUCUCAAGACCCUUUUGUCAUAUUUAUCAUCCAACGCUACUGCCAACAAAGAAUUCCAUAACGCCACAGUAACAGACAUAAACAACUCCUCCAACACAGUCUAUGGUUUGUUUAUGUGCAAGGGUGAUGUCCCUGCUCAUCUUUGUAGCCAGUGUGUCACAAACGCGACCAGUUACUGUGAUUGGGAAAGUGGUUGCUCCCUAUACAAAGAUAUGGUGAUUUGGUACGACAUGUGCAUGGUGCGAUAUUCUGACAAAUAUUUCUUCUCCACUCUUGACUUAUUUAGUUCAUCUUUGGGCUCCUGCUCCGAUGUCGAUGUGUCUAACCAGACUAUAUCUAAGCGUUUAGUUUCUGAAACUUUGAAUGAAGUGGCAGAUAAAGCAGCCAAUUUUUCAAUUGGCGUCAAGAAAUAUGCUACAAAGGAAGCAAUCGUAUCUGGAUUACAGAAUCUUUAUUUUCAAGCUCAGUGCACACCUGAUCUGUCGCCACAAGAUUGCAGGAAAUGUCUGAAUGAAUCCAUAACACAGGUACUUCAGAAUUGUAAUAGGGAUAGUAACUAUGUAAUGACAGGGGAUUCUCAAACUUCCAUAUGUUACAUCAGAUAUGAUGUGUACCCUUUCUAUCGCUUUAUUAACGCUCCCACACUAUUAGAACUUGAUCCAGCUUCCAAUACAACAAAUUCAAAAUUCUAUUAGAAAGUCAACUAUUAUUGGGAACCUGUCUGUAAUCCUAUUAUAUCAUAAAUAAAAGUCAACUAUUAUUGUUAAAUUUUUUAUUUGUCAAGAAAUGUGGUUGAGUCUAAU